AUGAAUGAUGCAAAGGCGAUACCGUAUAACGACAACCCCGAUCUUCCCUUGUACAUGAUUGAUCAGGUUCCAGAACACCUACGCGAAAAUUCUUACAUUUUCUCAGGGUAUCGCAUGGGCUACACGACGAGCAAAUGUUUUCGCAGUAUACUGGCUCUCCACAACGAAACUUUUAACAUAUGGACUCACCUCGUUGGAGCUGCAGCGUUCAUUCUCGCAAUCUUUAUUUUCUUUGCGGUUGUUUUGAUUCCCUCAGUACACGGGUACGAACCUGCUGCAGAACCUGAUCCGGCUGCUGCUGCUAAUUCACAGUGGUUGACGCUCUUCAUCUUCGGUGCAUAUUCCUUCGGCUGUUUGAUGUGCAUGUUGUGCAGCACACUGUUUCACACACUAAUACCUCACCGAAAUAUGACUCUGUACGGCUGGGCGCAUGCAUUGGACUACUUUGGCAUCACAUUCCUUGUUGUCGGCUCUUUUCUCCCCUUUUGCUAUUUUUGUUUCGGGUGCGAACCGUUGUGGCGUUGGAUUUAUCUUAUUAUGAUAUCCUUCUUUGGCGUCAUCGGCCUUCUAGGGCCCUUCUUUAGACAAUGGACGCAGCAGCAAUACGCCAAGUCCAAAGUUCUUUUCUACGUCUUGAUGGUAGGGAGUGGGCUUUUCCCUAUUAUUCAUAUGUACGUGCUGCUCCCUGGUAACACCGCGUCAUCAUUUGUGCAGGGGCUGAUGUUGAUGAUGACACUGUAUGGUGUGGGAGUUGUUGUGUAUGCAUUUAAGAUACCUGAGUUUUUUUUUCCAGGUUGCUUCGAUUUAUAUCUUUCCAGCCACCAAAUUUGGCACGUUUUUGUUUUGGCGGCGGCAUUUGUGCACUUUUUCAACAGCGCCUCCAUGUAUGUGAACUUCAAACGGAUGCCAUUGCAUUGCUGA